UCGCAAAAUAACAUGCAAUCAACUGACCAAACGAUAAGCACAACAGCGUCCACUUUCGUAGUCGCUGGCACCAACUCCUUUCAACGCUUCGAUCACCAGAUAGGUGGCCACGAAAAAAUAUUAUCAAUGGGUGAUGGCUCGGUAAUAGCGAAACCGUGCAACACGAUAGAGCGCGAUUUCUAUGAGAAUAGCGUGUUGCAUCCGGAAUUUGCGCAGUGGAUGCCGCGGUACCUUGGAAGUUUGCAGUUGAAGGGCGUUCAAUCGCAUUUGGACACUAUUGCUACGAAUGUCAUUGAUUCGGCAAAAACUUAUGUUGAAGGAGGAGGGAACGAUACCGUUAUCAGGGAGCAGAAUGCGAUGGAUAUAAAGCACGCCAUAUGUAUUGAGAAUGUCAUAUGGAAAUUUAAAAAACCGUGUAUAAUGGAUCUUAAAUUGGGUUUUGUAUUGUAUGGACCAGAAGCUGACGAAGCAAAACGCCAGAGAAUGAUCAAAAAAGCUGAAUCGAGCACGUCAGGUACGGUAGGUUUACGAAUUGCGGCGAUGAAGCUUUACGAAAAAUCAAAAAAUGAUUUCACUAUAAUCCCCAGGACGUAUGGCUACGCCCUAACAAAAGACACAAUGCUCUCCGGAUUUACAAAAUAUUUUGAUGCGUUACAGGAUUCACCACCACAUAACCAUAAAAGGGUAAUAAUAAAACGCUUCCUCGACGACUUACAAGAGUUUCGUAAAGUUCUUGAGAAACAAGAAUUACGGUUACAUAGUGCGUCAUUGCUAUUCGUGUAUGAAGGUGAUGAGAAAGCAUUGACGGAUGCGCUUGAAUUAGAAAAACAAGAUUUUGAUGGGAAAAAAUCAAAU